AUGAUUAUUGUUUUACUAUUAUCGUUAUUCAUCUUCACGGACUCUUUUAGAAUCCUGGUAUAUUCCCCAGCGUUUGCCGGUAGCCACACAAAUUUUAUGGCUAGAAUUGCGGACACUUUAACGGAAUCUGGACAUAAUGUAACAUUUUUUGUGCCGAUUUUCGAUGAGGCUAGAAGUGAUCAAUUGGGAGUGAAGCUUACGAAAAAUGUCAUUGUCAUGGAGAAAAGCGAGGAGAUGAAACUGGACCCUAUCACGGUUGACAACAUAACUGCAACUUACUGGCAUAUCACUGUGAAUUCCAAAGGGGGUCAUUCACUUUUCGAACCAGUUCACAAGCUAACUGUACAAAGUUGUCGAAGCCUGUUCAGUAAUUCUGAACUCCUAGAGACUUUGAGAGCCCAUGAAUACGAUGUUGGAAUAGCCGAACCAUUAAUGACUUGUAGUUUGGCACUUUUUAGACAUCUGAAAAUAGAAAAAGUGAUCCUGGCUAGUUCCUGUCCAAAUUAUGAUUCUGUAAUGGCAGCGAUGGGUGAGCCAGCUGAUACAAGUUACGUGCCUUCAAUAUUCUCAGAAGUUUCUGGAGACCGGAUGGAUUUUGCGGAUCGUCUUGAAAACUACGACAUGUAUAGUUUUAUGAUUGAACGAUACAGUCAAAUGUAUGAUGAUGAAGCAAAGGUGUACAGAAGGUUUUUAGGAGAAGACUUUCCAGAUUGGAGAGAGUUGAUACCUGAUGCAUCUGUACACUUUACCAAUUCCAUUCCCUACUUGGACUUUCCAAGACCAUCAAUUCAAAAAACUAUUGACAUCGGAGGAAUUUCAGUGGAUCUUGAAAAAAUUCAAUCGGAAACGUUGAAUGGAGAUUUUGACAGGAUACUGGACUUGCGAGAGAAAACAAUGUUCAUUUCAUUUGGGACCCUGGCAAAGUCCAGUGAAAUGCCCAAAAAUUACAAGGAAAAUCUGCUGGAAGUUUUCAAAUCCGAGCCAAAUACAACAUUCAUAUGGAAAUACGAGCAUGAUGAUGUCAGAUUUGCGGAGAGCUUGGAAAAUUUGGAAUUAGUAAAAUGGGCUCCACAAACAGCACUUUUGAAUGACAAACGAUUAAGUGCAUUUUUGAGUCAUGGAGGAUUGGGAAGUACGAUUGAAACGGUCUUUUUAGGAAAACCAACUAUUAUGGUUCCAAUCUUCUUUGAUCAAUGUCGCAAUGCAAACAUGUUGAGUCGCCUAGGAACUUCAAUAACUCUUCGGAAAACCGAUUUGGGAAAUUUCGAUAAAUUAAAGUCAUAUUUUCAUCAAAUUUUGCACAAUGACAGUUUUCGAAAAAAUGCUGAACAUGUGGCAGAUGUUAUACGAAAUCAGCCAAUCAAGCCAAAACAGUUGGUAGUCAAGUAUACGGAAUUUGUUGGGAACUACGGACCAUUCCAUCAUAUGACUCCAUACAGCUUAAAAAUGCCCUGGAUUCAACGAUAUGGAUAUGAUGUGUUGCUUUUCAAAAUCGGAGCAAUUCUAGCUCCCGUAGUAUUAUUGGCGGCUGCUUUCAAACUUUUCCUAAGACGAUUUUUUUUUUCGAAAAAAAAUGCUGAGCAUGUGGCAGAUGUAAUACGAAACCAGCCAAUCAAGCCAAAAGAGUUGGUAGUCAAGUAUACUGAGUUUGUUGGAAACUACGGACCAUUCCAUCAUAUGACUCCAUACAGCUUAAAAAUGCCCUGGUUUCAACGAUAUGGAUAUGAUGUGUUGCUUUUCAAAAUUGGAUCAUUUCUAGCUCCAGUAGUAUUAUUGGCGGCUAUUUUCAAAUUGUUCUUACAAUUAGAAAGAUUUUCUGUUUCAGCUGUCAAAAAGAAUAAAUAA